AUGGUUGUAUUGCAAAUAAUAAAUACAUUUAUAGUGGUAUUACUUUUAUUAGUAACCAUAUUAGUAAUUAAGGAUUUAGUUUAUACAGAUAGAAAGAAAAGAUUAAAUAAAUUAAUACCAGGUCCUAAAGGAAUACCUAUAUUUGGAAAUUUAUUUCAAAUUAAUGUUAAUGAUUUACCAACAAGUUUAAAUGGGUUAUAUAAAAAAUAUGGAUCUAUAUACAGGCUAAGAUUAGGUAAUGUAGAAACAGUAGUUUUAACAGGUGGCGGAAAUAUGGAAAGUUUUAUAAAGAAUUGGAAAAUAUUUGAGGAUAGAUAUAUUAGAGUUAGUAGAUUUUUCACAAAAGAUUUGGAAAUAAUAUUUUCAAAUGGGGAUAUUCAUAACAAAUUAAAAAAUGUUUUAAUUGGAGAAAUCACAGCAAGAAAAUUAAAUAAUGGACCUAGUUUAUUUAAUGUAAAAAAAUAUGUUGGAGAUUUGAUGAAUAAAAUAUAUAAAGAUGAUGAUACAGUUGUGGAAAAUCUUCCAUUUUACAUAAAAGAGUUAGUAUCAAAGAUAAUGGUUAAAUUUACUUAUGGAAGAGAAGAGGAUGACGAAACAUAUGCAAAAAUAAUUUUUAAAGUUACAAGAUUAGUUGAAACAGCUGGUCAUUUUAUGUAUUCAGAUUAUGUUCCUUUAAUGUUACCAAUCGAUUUAAUUAACUCUAACAAAGGUAGUAUAUUAUCGGAUUUUUUUUAUUUGAGAAAUUAUUCAAAAGCCUGUUUAGAAAAAUUAAAAAAUAAUAGUGAUACUGGUGAUAAUGAUGAAACAACUAAAGCAAAUAGACCAUUAAUAGAUUUUUAUUAUGAUAUGUAUUUAAAUGGGGAGAUAAAAUAUGAAUCAGUUUUAUUAUCCCCUAUGGAUUUACUUCUAGCAGGUAUGGAUACAACAGCAAAUUCAUUAUCAAAUAUUAUGGUAGCUCUAAUUAAUAAUCCACAUGUUCAAGAAAAAAUGUUUCAAGAAAUUAAAAAUAAUAAUACAAGUGACGACAUUUCUUAUUCAGACAACACAAAAUAUCCAUAUACCAAUGCAGUAAUUAAGGAAACACACAGAUAUUUUUCAGUAGUACAAAUCCCUGAACCAUUCAUAACAACAGAUGAUGUGGAAGUUAAUGGUUACAAAAUUGCAAAGGGUACCCAAAUUAUAAAGAAUCUAGCUAGCACUCAUUUAUCUGAAGAAUUUUGGGAGGAUCCACUAAAAUUUAAUCCCGAAAGAUUUUUAACGGAAGAGAAAAAAAAAACAUAUCAUUUUGGUGCAGGAAAAAGAGUGUGCCCCGGUCGUUUUUUUGGCUCAUUUAUUUUAUUUUUAUCAGCUAUUUUAUUAGUUAAAAACUUUAAAUUCGUUAACCCUAACCCACACGAACCAAUUAAUGAAAAAGGUGUAGUAGGUUUAGUUAAACAAUGUAUAGAUUUUAAAGUUAUCCUUAAAAAACGUCAAUAA